AUGACGCAUUCCAAGAGCCACGAAAGUGAUGAAGGAGACAUUGUCUCCAUUGUUGGGUACUCUUUGCGAGCUCCUGGCUGCUCCUCGGUGCCUGAGUUUGCACGGGCGCUGCAAGAGGGGCGGGACUUGACGACCUCCCAGACUCGGUAUCCCCACGGCUUUCUGGGCCUCCCGCCACGACAAGGGCGUUUGAAGGAUGAAGAUCUGGAACGAUUUGAACCUUCCUUUUUUGGGCUAGGUCUCAAGCAAGCGGAAGCCAUGUGUCCGUCCAUCCGGCUCUUGCUGAAAGUAUCUUACGAAGCCCUGAUGGAUGCUCAAAUCAACAUUCAAAGUCUCAGAGGCAGCAGCAAAACAGGUGUCUAUGUUGGGCACAUCUUCUCAGACUACGUCACUCUCACCACUGGACCAUCACCUCCAAAUGGGCAGAAAAAGAGCGGAUAUGAACUCGUCAAUGGAGCCCAAUCCAUGGCAGCCAACCGACUCUCCUACUUUUACGACCUAAGCGGUCCAAGUAUGGUCAUUGACACCGCGUGUAGCUCCUCAUUGGUCGCUCUCGACCGGGCCUUCCGUGACAUCCGCAGUGGUUUGAUUGACCGGGCCAUUGUGGCUGGCAUUUCACUCACUUUAGACCCACACAAAAAUGAAUGCUUCAAUGCAUUCCACAUGCUCUCCCCCACUGGACACUGUCAUUCCUUUGACACGCGGGCGGAUGGCUAUUGCCGAUCCGACGGAAUUGCUUGCAUCAUUCUGGAACGAGGAGCAAGAGGAUACGCUACAGUGGCUGGCACGGCCACCAACACCAAUGGCUAUACUCCAGAAGGCAUCACGUAUCCGUCGUCCGCCCAGCAAUUCCAAGUGCUCCAACAAGCAUUUGCCGAGUCCAAAUCAAUUGGGCCAUCCAGUGUAACCUUUCACGAAGCACACGGCACUGGAACAACCGCUGGUGACAAGGAAGAGCUGGCCGCCCUCGACAAGUUCUACAAUCAUAAAAUGUACAUUGGCUCUGUCAAGUCCAACAUGGGACAUGCUGAAGCCGCGUCCGGGUUGAUGGGUGUUGCCAAAGUCCUUUUGAUGAUGGAAACCAACAUGAUAUUUCCAAACUUUGACUUUCGCCACUCUCCACAUUUGCCCAUUCAAAAUGGCAAGUUUGUCAUUCCUCAGAAGACUCAACCGUGGCAACCUGCGCCAUGCACCGUGUCAAGCUUUGGAUUUGGAGGGGCCAACGCUUGCGCUGUCCUUGUGCCAUGCAAACAAAAGAAAUUUGUCCGCUCACCCACGAGCCCAGCCAGUAGCCCAUUUGCCGCAACUCCUGGCAGUACAUUCCUGGAGUGCCACCGAAACUUCUUUACCUUGCAGCGGGCUAUUGGAAACCAUUGCAACUUUCCAUUUGAGUUCAAGGAGAAUCAGUGGGUUGACGCCUCGCCUCUAGUCUUUGUCCUUGACGGUCAAGGCUCCCAAUGGAUUGGGAUGGGACAAGACUUGAUGGAAACCUCUGAGUCGUUCCGCAAUACAAUCCGACAACUCGACAAAGCAACCGGCAUCCCACUUUUGGAACUGUAUGCGAAUGGCACGAAAUGGAUGCAGAAGGAAUACGGUUGCAUUGGGAUUGUAAGCUUCCAGCUCGGGCUCAUCAACCUGCUGGCUGAGAAGGGAAUUCAUCCAGACUACUUCCUGGGGCAUUCAUUGGGUGAAAUUGCCUGUGCCUAUUUGGGAGGUAUUCAGACGGGUGCCGAGGUGAUGAAGGUUGCCCAGGUGCGCGCCACUGUGGCAGCAUGUAUCCGCAAGGACUUCCGCCUCGACGUUUACAACGACCCCCCUUUGGACGGAUUCGAUUACACGAUGUCUUCGUCUUCGGGGAAAACUCAGUGGCUCAAGGAAACUCUCAUCAAAGAUUCUGUGCCGGCUGAUGCAGUGGAAAGUCUCCGUCUUGGGGGCAAGAUGGCGGUUGUUGGGUGCCGUCCCGCACCCGUAGAAGAAGCCCUCGCUGAACUUGGGUUCCGUCAAACAUGCAUUGCCUGUUACAAUUCUCCUUCGGGACUGACAUUGAGUGGACCAGCAGCCGAGGUUGAUCAGGUUCUUGCUUUGCUGCGAAGUAAAGAUCAUGGGAUGUUCAUUCGCGAGCUUGACACGGACGAAGUGGCCUACCAUGCACCCUACCUAAAUGCAUUCCGAGAAACCCUCAAGAGCCGAUUCGGGGAGACCGAAGAAGCGCCUUUGCCUUUGUCGUGGCUUUCAACCAGCCGGAAUGAUGUGUUCUCGGUUGACUACCUUCUCGACAACAUCUGCGGUCCGGUCUAUUUUCACCAGGCAAUCGAAAAGCUACCCGCUUCCUCAACUGUGGUGGAAAUUGGUCCCUCAAGCGGUUUGUUGGCACAGAUCAAGCGGACAAGGUCCGAUUUGCAGCGCGUGGGUCUAGUCCAGCAGGGUGAGCUUGUAGACAUCAACUCGAUCCUCGAUAAACUCCAUCCUUGGAUUGGAAGAAGCAAGACGGAGAAGGGAACCCGAGAAGCAAAAGCAGACUCCGAUGAAAGGGAGACUCUUUGCUUUGACGAACGCUACCCCAACAUUUGGGGACAGCAAAGUCGCUUCUCUAUCCCAAAAUGGGACGCAUUCGAUCUGAACUCAAAGGGAUCAGACGGAAGGAAGGUUGUGUUCGACCUAAGUAGAGAUCCCUUCAAGUCGCUUCGAGGCCAUGUCGUCAGGGGCCAAACCAUCCUUCCCGCAGCAGGUUUCAUGUAUGCCCUCUGGAGCGCCAAUAACUACGAGAAACGCACCGAGAUACUUGAUUUCCGUGUGAUCACACCUCUAGUUAUUUCCGAGACGCAGCAAGAAGUUGAGCUCCUUGUGCGCCAGGUAGGUGAAGUUUGUGAAGCCUGGGAUGUUGACUGCCAAACUUGUUACGCCAGUGGGAGAGUGCGUGCAAUGGCUUCAAAUUUGCACCCACCCGACGCUAUCAAGCCGACAGGCAAAGGGGUUUCGAGUAGUCUCUUCUACUCCCACAUCCGACGCAUGGGAUACGCUUAUGACCUCAGCUACAUCAUGCUAGACAAGAUUUCCACCCAGCAGUGCACCUACACAACUCGACCAUUGGAUUGGGUUUCCUAUCUUGAUGGAUUCUUCCAGUACCAUCUCUUUCAAGUCCAGGCCUUUGGAUACCCAAGGGGGGCCAACCGUGUCUGCUUGUGGGAGAAUGACCUUGGCAAUGCCGAUUUGAAUCUUCGUUGUUUGUCGAGCAAUUGCUACGCCACCCAAUCGGUCUCCUUCGAGGACGUGCGCAUUGACUACCUCCCCGUCCCAGGCAAGACACUUUCCACGUACCGAGAAGAAUUCGUAGAGUACAGCGAGACCGAUACCCCCCUCGCUGACGAGCUCCUGGUCAACCUACUGAUGCGCGAAACAAACGAAUUCCGAGUCCAAGGAACUGUGAAACACCCUGCUCUAGCAAGCAUCGUCAGCAAGCUCCGUUCGCAGAGGUUGCCUCUCGAAGUUCAAUCAACACGGGCUCUCGUUAUUUCGGAUUUCGCCACUAUUGAUGCCAACACUGUUGAUGCCAACCUCUUGCUAACAGUGGAUCAAGAGACCCCUGGCAGUAGCAGCUGUCUGGUGGCUCGGUGGGGCGCCAUCAGACUCGUUCGAUGCACAACACCGCCAAGGGCCUCGGUUGCUUACAAUUGGACCGAAGUUCCCGCCAAGAAUCCGGUUGUUUGGACUGGAACAGGAUCGUCAGGAGCAGUCGCCUGCCUUCGGUGGGAGAGGGAUCAAUUCGCCAUGGCAUAUGAAGGCACGGAUGGUUCGAAUACCUGUCCUGGACUCUCGAAACAAAUGCGCCAAAACUACAUUGUAGGAGGACACAAGCACGGCGUUUUCGUGGAAACCAAAAUGGAAGCUGACGAGGCUCGAGGGCCACAAGUCUUCGAUGCUCGGCUCAAAGCGGUGAAGCCCGGCCUUCUUGAGUCGCUGGAAUGGAUCCCAAUUGACCAGAGAGCGUACCAGGUGGAAGUACGCGUUGCGGCCCUGAACUUCCGUGAUGUCAUGAGAGCAAUGGGACAGUUAAAGGAAAAGGAUAUUUCCCUCGGGUUGGAGUUCAGUGGUGUCGACAAAUCUACGGAAAAGCGUGUCUUUGGAGUAGCAACGGAAGCAAUGAGCACCCAUUGCAAUCCUGUGUAUUGCUUUCCUACGCCAUCAGGGCUUUCGGAUGAGGAAGCAGCGACGAUUCCCAUCGUGUAUCUCACUGCCUACUUCAGUAUGCUAGGCAAAGCGAAAAUGAAGCCAGGACAAAGCAUUCUGGUUCACUGCGCCACCGGAGGUGUCGGCAUGGCUGCCGUGAACAUUGCGUUGAAGCGUGGGUACCGGGUCAUCGCCACUUGCAGUGCUGCAAAGCGAGCAUACCUCAAAGAACGAACAGGCCUGAAAGAUGAAAUGAUUGGAGACUCUAGGUCCGACAGAUUUGUGCAAACAGUGAUGCAAGCGACGGGAGGUCGCGGCGUGGACGUUGUACUAAACCAGUUGUCUGGUGGGCUUCAAGUUCAAAGUUUGCGAUGCCUGAAAGCAGCGGGACACUUUGUGGAGCUGGGCAAGUACGAUGUGCUGCAGAACACAGCUAUUGGGCAAGGGUUGUUGGAACGGAACAUAUCGUUUCAUGUUGUUGAUCUGCUUCCCCUUCUCUGUGACCCCAGCUAUGCUCACCUCUGGAACACGUGGCUGGAAGAGGGCUUUCAACAAGGCGAGAUAUCUCCUUUACCGGUGACAGCGUUCAAACCUAACGAAGCGGUUGACGCUUUCCGAUUCAUGAGCCAAGGCAAACACAAGGGCAAGAUAGUCAUCACAGGCCUCGGCUCGAUUCCGUUGAGGGUGACCCGGAGACGCAUCUCUGUUUAUGGUCAAGUUCAUUUGAUCACAGGGGGGCUUGGUGGACUUGGUUUGAGUCUUGCUGUCCGUCUAGCAGAGGAAGGUUGCCGUGAGAUCGUGCUUGUCGGAAGAAGCGGUGUCACAAACGAGUUUCAACGCCACCAGAUCCAAGCAAUCGAGAGAAUGGGCUGCAAGGUGACUCUCUUGCAAACAAGUGUCUUGGAUCUCAGCCGGAAUUCCGCUGCCCCAGACCGCAUUUGGCACUGUGCUACUGUGUAUCGUGAUAUGAGGAUGGACCAGAUGAGCCACAAUGCCUGGGACGAUGUUUUGCAUGUCAAAGUUGAUGGCUACAAACGACUCCGAGAGUGCUGGCUUGACGUGCCAGUUGUGGCAAUCUCCUCCAUAUCUGGGUAUUUUGGGAACGCCAUGCAAACGAACUAUGGGUUUGCUAAUGCCUCACUUGAUGCUUUCGCUCGGGUGGACCCAAACACGAUUUCUUGUCGCCUCGGGCCUCUCGACAAUGUUGGAUUCAUCACCAAAGCAGCAUCUCAUAGAGCGGUAUUGGAGCGAAUGGACUGUGAAUGCAUGCGGAUUGAUGACGUCCUCGAUAGCCUCCUCGAAAUUGCAACUAGCCAAAGAUCCGGUGUUUUUUCUAUUUAUGAGAUGAAGCCAAAGGCGGAGCAAUGCAUCACUUUCGGAACUGGUGCCCUUGAGUAUACCCAUAAAGAUGCUCAGGUGGCUGUUGCCAGAAUUUUGGGUGGCAAGCCGCAGCAAUACAAGAAGCAGGCGUCUCUGAAGAAAGCUGGCUUGGACUCGCUCUCGUCUAUGGAAGUUGUCAACCUAAUCCAUUCUCAGUCAGGCGACCAGACUUUCAAAGUGUCCCAAAUCACAGACGACUUCUCUAUUGAGACCCUGACUGAUGCAAUCAACUCGAGCAGGAAGUUACGUGUUCAACACAGCAGCAAAGAGUUGGGCGUUAUCGACGCGGCACAAAAGGAAGCCUCCAAAAGAAUCAAUGCCUUGGAUACCACCACAUCAACCCCUGCGUCCAGUUUCCACACAAUGGAAAAGACUGCGACGCAAUCUACGUUCGGACCCUACGAUUCCUCCUCUUCCAAUCCUCCUACAAUUGACGAGGAAGCCGUGCAAGACCAAGUUGGAGCACAGCCGGUACUGAACCAGGUCUUGUUGGAGUCACUGCAAAGCGAGUGGACUGUUGGAAGGAAGACUGCCAGUUUGGCAUUCGCAGCUGCGACAGUUUGGUGGCUUUCCACGCUGGUAGUGUUGGACAAUGAUGCUGCCGGUCAUGUCUUGUACAACGCGCUUGUGGUGUUCUGUGUGAGCCACUUGAUUAGAAUUUCUGUUGAGUACUGCUCAUUGCGCGGCGUGUCCGUGAGAGGAGCCUUUGAGUGCUCGCACUAUCUCCAGGAGAGCAUCGUCUGUUGCACUUUUGUCAUUCUCUAUGCAUGCGGAAGCGAUGUGUUUCUUGAAAACUGGAGCCCAAUCUACUUUGGAUCCUACAUCUUCCAUAUGGUUGGCAUCCUUGCCAUGUGGAACAAUCUUCAUCCAAGCUUCAGGGUGUUUUACUCGAUGCACCACUCUUUCUCCUUUGCCAUGACGGGGUCGUGGAGAAUCCCGGCUGCCAACGAAGAGAACGAUUGGGAAGAAGCCCUCGUUCUUGCUGUGAUGCUCUACCUUACAGCGGAGCUCUGGCAAUACGGACUCUUCGUGUUCCGGCACCUUCGUGGCAACGGGCCAUUUACUCAACGACAGAUGGUCCACCUGAAGCUCCUCGCCUUCUGCAUGGAACGGAUACAGAGAGCUGUGGCUUUCUCGUGCUACGCAUUUCUCGAGGAGAAACACGGACUCGCAACAACUGUCCUCAUCACAGGAGUCUCGUCCGAGUUGCUUGAUGUCUACUUUCAAGGGAAAGCCAUCGUAGGCUUGUACCGGGCCGGCUCAUGGCUUGCUCGAGAGCAGGAAGAAGAAGACGCGGGAGUGGAAGAAGGAUUGCCUUUCUAG